UCAAGAGAGCGUAUAAACGUUUUAUGCGCACAAAUCACCCAAAAAGGGUUUGAUUUCUUUAUGGGUUUUUUCGUCUGGGUUUGAUCCAAAUUGACCAAAAUUUCAGAAAAGAUUCCUACUUCGACUGCUUUGUUCUUCUGGGUUUAUUUUCCCAAAGACUCUCAAAAAGAGGCGCGAUUGAAUUACCCAAGCUUCACCAACGAUUCGAACUUUCAUUGCUCCUUCAUUUGGGGGAAAACUCCAUUCACAAGCUAGAAUUCAGUUAAUCGAUCGAACAAUAAGGUUUUGAAUUGUGGAUUCAGUUCAGAUACAGUUCAUUUUCGAAGCUAUGGAAGCUUAUAAGAGAUGGGUUCGAAGGAACAAGGAGUAUGUUCAUUCGUUAGAGUCUCUUGCUAAUGGAUUCACAUGGCUUCUUCCGGAGAGAUUUUCUGAGACGGAAAUCGGACCAGAAGCAGUAACGUCGAUAUUGGGCAUAGUGACUGCUGUCAACGAACAUAUAAUCGAAACGACUCCAUCCCAAAUGAAUACAAGACAUCCGGAGUCAUCUUCUUUUCCAUAUUCCUUGUGUUUGACUUUGUUGAAAGACAUGGAAACUUUGGUUGAAGUUGUGGCACAACAUUACUAUGGUGACGACAAGAAAUGGAAUUUCAUCGCGGUUACAGAGGCAACAAAGGUACUAGUUAGACUAGCUUUAUUGCGGAAUAGCGGGUACAAGAUGCUAUUACAUGGAGGGGAGACAAUGAACGAUGGAAAAGAUCCAAAUGAUGCAAACCAACAGCCUGUGCACGGACGUUUAUUGCGUCAGGGACAAAAUGGUAAUUUGACUCGUGAAGGAAGGGCUCUCUCUGCGAUGAGUAGGUUUGGAGAAAAUGCUAGGGUGCUUUCUGAUCCAACAUGGUUUCGCAGGGUCGAACAUCAUCAGCGUGCAAUUAUGGAACCUCCAGAAACAAGUGUAAAGAGACUAACGCUCUCGAGUUUCUUGUCCGAAAAGGGUCUCCCUGGAGGAUUAUUUCUAAUGGGGGAGUUCAUGUUCAUUGCAAGACCGCUCAUAUAUGUUUUGUUGAUAAGAAAAUACGGACUCCGAUCAUGGCUUCCGUGGUUUGUCUCUUUGUCUAUCGAUUUGAUUGGAAUGAGUGCAUCAACAAUGUCGUUGACCGACCAUGAAGACAAACGCCUUUCUCUUUCUGUUCCCGAGAAGGAUGAGUUGAGAAGGCGAAAACUAUUGUUGGCGCUUUACCUCAUGAGAGAUCCGUGCUUCGGCAAAUACACACGGCAAAGGCUGGAAAGUACUGAAAAAACUUUGGAACAUGUUCCAGUUGUCGGGUUUCUUGCAGGAAAACUGAUCGAACUGUUGGUUGGAGUGCAAACACGGUACACGUACACCUCUGGUUCUUGAGGCGUAGACGAACCAAAAAAAUGUGUUAUAUUUUUGUCAAACUACAAGUCUCGGGUGAACGUAACGAUUUUCUCGUGAAACCGAAAGAUACUUUUAUCAAAUAAUGAUUGUUUCGUUAACGUAUACGAAGCAAUAUAUGAUCGUUGUAAAUCUACGUUUUACGAGUAACCUUGUUACAAUUACUAGAUCUCGGUUUUUUUCCUUUUUCGUGUUGAGAUGGUCAGAAUCAGUGGAAUGUACAACUUUUAAUGCACAAAGUACAAGUUACUAUGCAUAAAAACUUUUGAUAUUCAUGUAUGAAUACAUGUAUGCAUAAAAUAUCUGUUUGAGAUGCUCUUAG